AUGCGUCCCAGUCUUCAAAUGCUGCCACUGAGGUGGCAACAGCUUCUGUCAAAACCAGCUGUGUCGGCAGCAUCGCCCCUGUCAUCCCUCCUACCGCAAUUCCAGCAACAGAGCCGCAAUGCACACAUUUUAGCGUCGUUGUCCGAUACUCCGGGGGCGUACAAUAAGAGAAUUAGAAGAGGUCGUGGUCCGGCGUCCGGUAAGGGUAAGACCUCCGGACGUGGUCACAAGGGUCAAAAGCAGCAUGGAAAAGUCCCCGCAGGGUUCAAUGGUGGACAGACGCCGGAGAUUGUGGUGCACGGUGAGCGUGGGUUCAACAACGUUUUCGCUCUCGACCUCGCACCCGCCAACCUCGACCGCAUCCAGGAAUGGAUUGACCAAGGCCGCAUCGACCCAACCCGCCCCAUCACCAUCCGCGAACUGGCCAAAUCUCGCUGCAUCCACCAGACCAAGGACGGCGUGAAGCUUCUCGGCCGCGGCGUAUCAGCCGAAGGCGGCAACGUCCUCAAGCAACCCAUUCACAUCGUCGUCUCGCGCGCCUCCGCCAGCGCCAUCGCUGCCGUCGAGGCCGCCGGCGGCUCCGUGACAACAAGAUUCUAUACGCGCUCCGCCAUAGCCCGCAUCAUGAAGCGUGAGACACACCCGUUCGUCUCGACCGCGUGGUCGCCCGAAAGCGGCAGCGACGCCCUCCUCAAGGCCGCCGGCCUCGAGGCCCAGGAUCUCACCGAGUCAAAUAUCAUGCGCGAAAUGGGCUACAAGUACCGGCUCCCUGACCCCACUAAGCGUCGGGAUAUCGAGUACUACCGUGACCCGGCCCACCGGGGGUAUCUGAGCCAUCUGCUCAAACCCUCCGAGGGACCCAGUUUGUUCUUCCGCUCGCCGGCGGAGCGCAAGUCGUCUGCUGGCGUCAAGAAGGAGAAGGUGCUACCGGAGAACAGGCUUUGGUAG